CAAAUUGGCGGGAAAGUUACAUGCGCGGGUCUGGUGUUUUUAUUUUUUUGUUUUUCUUUUUGCAGCGAGCUUCUUGGAAGGUGAGUGCAAAAUUUCUAGCGCCAUGGAUACGGACGUUGUUAAAUCUACGAAUGAACCACUUGGCGAGAGUGGUGAACCAGACACCGUAAGCCGGGCAGACGGCACUAGCAGCGGCAAGGUGGAGCCGGCGACUAACGAUGGUAGCGUAUGCCGGGCAAGCCAAUGCAGCGGGGAACCGGAGACUGAAAGUGCAGAACGUGAGAGCACAGGUCCGUCAGGCGGCGACGGAAAAAUGGACACCAGUAAAGAGAAGAGUAGUACUAACGACCGGGCAGAAAUUUGUAAGGAGAAAGAUGUUGUGAAGAAAAAAGGUGUGAUCCACUUGGUUCUGAAUAGGCUCUCUAAGUUUGGUCCCUUCAGAUUUAUGACACGUGUGCUACGUGCUCUGUCUUGGUUGGCUGGUCUGUCGAGUACCAUUGAUGAGUUGGGUCCCGAGUAUUCUCCAACCAUGGCAAGGCAGUAUCGAAGUGGGAGGAAGCGCCUGCAUAGGGCAACCAGAUUGUUGCUGUCCUUCAUGCCUUACAGACUCCAAAGUGCACUGGGAUAUCCAGUUCCUAGUAGCAUCGGCAAGGUACCCAUUUCAGAAGAAAUUCGCUGUUCACCAACCAAACUUUCUGGGAAAGGCAACAAAAGAAAGCAGGAUGAUUUAGAUGAAGAGGAACACCAAUCCUGGGUGGAGGCUUUAAAUGAAGAACUUGGAGAUGAAGACUGUCUUGAUGAUCCAACCUAUGAGCCUAGCACCCAGGAGGAAACUGACAGUGAGGAGAACCGCACACAUAAUGACACAGAAAGUGACAUUGAGGUUGAAAAUAAAGAUGGGAUGAUUAUGAUCAAGGAAAAUUCGCAGGAGAAUGCCAGUACUCCAAGUGAAUGUGCUGAACAGCGGCAGUCCUGAUAAGAAUGAAGACCAGCCAGAUCCAAGACUGGCAUUUCCAGCCCUAGGGGCCUAAAAUUUGAGUUUCAAAGAAAACUGUUUGGUACCUGGAGGAGUACUAGUCUUGCACCAAGUGCCUUUUGUGUGUGCAUGUUUUU